UUGUUGUUCUUGUUCUUACUGUAAAACAGUAACAGCAUCAAGAAGACCCGCCUCCCAUCCCCAUCUCCAAGAUCGACAACAGGCUGGAACAGUACACUCAUGCCAUAGAGACGUCCUCUAUGGAAGCCAAGGCAGCCAGGCAGCAGGCUCUGACGGACCUGCCCAGCCCCACUGAGCCUGUGGCCUCCAAGAAGAAUCUGUUUGAGGCCGGGGAAGCUUGGAGCCAGCCGCCCAGGGAAACACCUUCCAAGGAUACAGAGGGUCUGAAUGUAGGCGUGGCCGACCUCAUCCACCAAUGGGUGAAAGGGAACCCAGACGGAAGCUGCAAAAGCCCCUCCAAGCCAGCAGAGGUGAAGGCUGGUGAUGUUCUGAGCAAGAAGAACCUCUGGGAGAAUCUAGGAGACUCUUCCCCGUCUGGGAGAGCAGGGAAGGGAGCUUCCUCUGGUAAAAAGUACAAAUUUGUGAUGAUGGCUCACGGCAAGUAUGAGAAGGUUGCCGUCGGUGAUGAUGAUUACAACGAGCACACAAACGGGAAAUCAACUGGACAAUGCCUUGAGGAAUUGUGAAGAACAGACGUUGGACUGUGAUUAUUUCGACGAUCACUUCACAUCAUAUUUAUCAUUCAUUUCAUUUAGCCGACAUUUGUCUCUUAAAAACUAUGUUUAGAUCAACAUGUCUGAAGCAUAUGCAGUAUGUUAUGUGUACCAGUUGAUUUUCUCUAUAGCAACACACUGCCAACCUGGUAUAAAAUGAUUCACAAACGGUCAAAAAUAUACAAUUAUGCAAAAAUAUUCAUGUUUGUACUCGUUUAUUUUGGACAAUCUUAUCCAUGAUGUAUUUUAGUGAAUAAUGUGUUUUCGUUUUACUAUUUGUUAACUUUAAUUUUAAAAAAAUGUAAUAAAGUAAAUGAAUGAGG